GGCAAGAAAACUCAUCAUGAUUUGCAUAAAUAAAGAUAUAAGACUAAAAGUGUGAGGACACAAUUCUCAUACGCCUGAGCGUUUCUCUCUCACCUUUCCUUUCUCCCUCUCACACAGUUUUAUAAUUAGUUUUAAAACAAAUAUGAUAAAAUAGCAAGCACAAUUUUUGAUACACAUGAAUUGGUGUUAUGCCACACUCAUCACCCGAGUCUCUACUUCAACUCCUCCAAUGCUUCCUCAAGCACCCUAACCAAAUCAAACAGAUCCAUUCCCGCCUAUUCACCAACGGUCAUCUCCUCCACAACCAACACCCUAAACCCUCCGCUUCCAAAUGGAUGCCAACCCUCCUCUACAACACUUUGAUCAGAGCCCAUCUCGGUUUCGGCCAACCCCGCAAGACCCUCCUUCUCUUCAUCCACAUGCUUGCCCACCAAGCCCCUCCCAACAGCCACACAUUCCCUCCGCUUAUCAAAGCCGCCGCAGCCACCUCUUCCUCCUCCUCAUCGCCCCGUCUGGGCUCUCCGCUUCAUACCCAAGUCGUAAAACGCGGCGUUUUGCGCGACCCUUUUAUACAGACCUCGUUUGUGAGCUUCUAUGCCGAGCUUGGUAAAUUGUGCGAUGCGCGUAAGGUGUUUGAGGAAAUGUCUGAACCAUGUGUGGUUGCGUGCAAUGCGAUGAUUGAUGGGUUUGGGAGGAAUGGGGAUAUGGGUUCUGCUGUUUUGCUAUUUGAAAGCAUGCCGGAAAGGGACGUGGUUUCAUGGACAAGCGUUAUAAACGGGUUUGGGAGAAAUGGGUGUUUUAGCGAGGGAAUUCGAUUUUUUCAGAUAAUGAUGAAUCAUGAGAAUGUGAUGGGUUGUUUUGUGAAGCCAAAUGAAGCUACUUAUGUUAGUGUGCUUUCUUCCUGUGCUAAUUUGGGUGGGUGGGGAUCUAUUUAUUGGGGGAAGCAAAUACAUGGGCAUGUUAUUAGAAAUGGGAUUGAAUUGACUGCGUUUUUAGGGACUGCAUUGGUGGAUCUUUACGGGAAGACUGGCUGUUUGAACAGCGCUGGGUACAUGUACCAGCAAGUGGUAGUUAAAGAAGUUUGUACUUGGAAUGCGAUGAUUUCUGCACUUUCUUUGAAUGGUAAAGAGAAGGAGGCUUUGGACUUGUUUGAAAACAUGAAGAUGGAGAGGUUGCAGCCUAAUGAGGUUACAUUUGUCGCAGUUCUUACAGCAUGUGCUCGUGGAAAACUGGUGAAGUUUGGUUUGGAAUUGUUUAGAUCGAUGACAAAUGAUUUCGGGGUUGAGCCGAUAAUGGAACACUACGGGUGUGUGGUUGACCUCUUGGGCAGAGCGGGGCUGUUUUGGGAGGCAACUGAAGUUAUUAAAAGCAUGCCUUUCGAGCCUGAUGCCUCUGUAUUGGGGGCUCUUUUAGGUUCUUGUAAGAUUCAUGGGACUGCUGAGCUGGGAAAUGAAGUUGGUGAGAAACUUCUCGAGUUGCAGCCACAACACUGUGGACGAUACGUGGUUUUGUCAAACAUUAAUGCUGGGAAGGAGAGAUGGGAUCUUGCUGCAGCUGUGAGGAAAACAAUGGUGGAUGCCGGAAUUCUGAAAAUUCCGGCCUACAGUAUGAUUGAAGUAAAAUAGAAUUAGGGAAACUGAUAAUUUCUUGAAUUUCUAAUUAGCUAUAUAUUUGUGUCUUAGCCAUUUAAAGUUGUGUAGAAAAAAUUCCGAUUUUCGGAGUUUACGGUUUUA